UGUAGCUGCCUCCACUCGGGGGCUGUAGGACACAACGGUGGCUUCGCCGGACAGAGGGAACCCCGGCCUCGCAGAGGCCGCAGAGCGCAGCGCUCGCCUGGGCCCCCGGUCCUCUGACCCGGCGAAGCUCCGCCGGCUGCUGGGAUCCCCGGCCGGGAUGCACUUCAGCACCGUCACCAGGGACAUGGAAGCCUUCACGGCCAGCAGCCUGAGCAGCCUGGGGGCCGCGGGGGGCUUCCCGGGCGCCGCGUCGCCGGGCGCCGACCCCUACGGCCCGCGCGAGCCCCCGCCGCCGCGCUACGACCCGUGCGCCGCCGCCGCCCCCGGCGCCCCGGGCCCGCCGCCGCACGCCUACCCGUUCGUGCCGGCCGCCGGGGCCGCCAGCAGCGCCGCCGCCGAGCCCGAGGGCCCCGGGGCCAGCUGCGCGGCCGCCGCUAAGGCGCCGGUGAAGAAGAACGCCAAGGUGGCCAGCGUGAGCGUGCAGCUGGAGAUGAAGGCGCUGUGGGACGAGUUCAAUCAGCUGGGCACCGAGAUGAUCGUCACCAAGGCCGGCAGGCGCAUGUUCCCCACAUUUCAAGUGAAGCUCUUCGGCAUGGACCCCAUGGCCGACUACAUGCUCCUCAUGGACUUCGUUCCCGUGGACGACAAGCGCUACCGGUACGCCUUCCACAGCUCCUCCUGGCUGGUGGCCGGGAAGGCGGACCCCGCCACGCCAGGCCGUGUACACUACCACCCUGACUCGCCUGCCAAGGGUGCACAGUGGAUGAAGCAAAUCGUGUCCUUUGACAAGCUCAAGCUGACCAACAACCUGCUGGAUGACAACGGCCAUAUUAUUCUCAACUCCAUGCACAGAUACCAGCCCCGCUUCCAUGUUGUCUAUGUGGACCCACGCAAAGAUAGUGAGAAAUAUGCUGAGGAAAACUUUAAAACCUUCGUAUUUGAGGAGACGCGCUUCACCGCGGUCACUGCCUACCAGAACCACCGGAUCACGCAGCUCAAGAUCGCCAGCAACCCCUUCGCCAAAGGCUUCCGAGACUGCGACCCGGAGGACUGGCCCCGGAACCACCGGCCCGGCGCGCUGCCGCUUAUGAGCGCCUUCGCGCGCUCGCGGAACCCCGUGGCCUCCCCCACGCAGCCCAACGGCGCCGAGAAAGACGCGGCCGAGGCUCGGCGCGAAUUCGAGCGCGACGCGGGCGGACCGGCCGUGCUCGGGGACCCGGCGCACCCGCCGCAGCUGCUGGCUCGGGUGCUGAGCCCCGCGCUGCCCGGGGCCGGCGGCGCCGGCGGCCUCGUCCCGCUGCCCGGUGCGCCCGGGGGCCGGCCCAGCCCCCCGCACCCCGAGCUGCGCCUGGAGGCGCCCGGCGCGUCGGAGCCGCUGCACCACCACCCCUACAAGUACCCGGCCGCCGCCUACGACCACUACCUCGGGGCCAAGAGCCGGCCGGCGCCCUACCCGCUGCCCGGCCUGCGCGGCCACGGCUACCACCCGCACCCGCACCCGCACCCGCACGCGCACGCGCACCACCACCCCGCCGUGAGCCCCGCCGCCGCCGCCGCAGCCGCCGCCGCCGCCGCCGCCGCCGCCGCCAACAUGUACUCGUCGGCCGGGGCCGCGCCGCCCGGCUCCUACGACUACUGCCCCAGAUAAUGCGGCCGCCGCCGCCCCGAGCAGCCCCGAGGGCCGUCGGGGUGCCCGCCCGCGCAGCCCCAAGGGCCCCCGAGGACGCGCUCCUGCCGCCCCGGGGCCAGCCGCGAAGCCGUCGGCCCCCUCGCCGGUUCCCCCGCCCGGAGCCGCCGCGGGGCCGGUCCGCGCCGCCAGUGCCAAAGCGCCCGGUCGGCGGCGGAAGGAAGUGAUAUUUAUUGUUCUCCGCGAGACCGCGUCGCCCCCCGCCCCCACCCCGGCCCGGCCGGCAGUUGCAGUGUAGACGACCCGGGAGCCCGUCUGCAGGCGGUGUAGAUACGUGUAGAUAUUUGUAGAUACUGUAGAUACCGCGCCGGCGCCGACUUGAUAAAGGUUUCGCCUCUUUUGGAA